GAAGUCAGAGCAGAGGACCGGAAGUCGGUGAGCGGCGGUUCCGGGUUGGCUGGGCGGCGGCGAUGAGCUUUGAGUGGCCCUGGCAGUACCGCUUCCCCCCGUUCUUCACGUUGCAGCCCAAUGUGGACACCCGGCAGAAGCAGAUGACAGCCUGGUGCUCCUUGGUGUUGUCUUACUGUCGAAUCAACAAGCAAUACACGAUGACGGUCAUGGAGGCCCAAGAAAGCCCACUUUUCAACAACAGGAAGCUGCAGCGGAAACUCCCCAUGGAAUCCAUACAAGUUGUGUUAGAAGAACUCAGGAAAAAAGGGAACCUAGAAUGGUUAGACAAGAACAAAUCCAGUUUCCUGAUCAUGUGGCGGAGACCAGAAGAAUGGGGAAAGCUCAUCUAUCAGUGGGUGUCUAAGAAUGGCCUGACCAACUCUGUAUUCACACUCUACGAGCUGUCCAAUGGAGAUGACACAGAGAAUGAAGAAUUCCAUGGCUUGGAAGAGUCCAUGUUGCUUCGUGCCCUGCAAGCCUUACAACAAGAGCACAGGGCUGAAAUUAUCACACUCGAUGAUGGCCGAGGCGUCAAGUUCUUUCAAUAGGCACCCCCUCCCUUCCCAUCUCCUUUGACUGCUAAAGUAUUUCUAGGUUGAAAGGUUCAGUCUUCAGGCCUGGAAUCGAGCAGUGACUGGAAGCAGCUGCAUAUUCUGGCUUUCUUGGGGCAAGGAGAAGCUGUGAAGCCUUCCGAAGACAUGACUUUUUCUUAGAAAUCUUCAGAGAUCUUCUGUCUUUCUCUACUCCCUGUUGAUUCUGUUUAUCUGAGGGGUUAAAGCUGCUCUAGGUAGAUUCAAGGGGAACCGCUCCAGUUAUUGACCUUAGUUUCCGAGAAAGUAGCUGAAGGGCAGGCACUGGCAAGCCAAUCACAUGGCCCUUCAGCUGGAGGCUGGUUAGCUGAAUUUGGCUUUCAAAGAGCAGAUCUCUCGCCCCGUUCCAGUCGCAGAGUCAGGCUCUGCAGAGUGCGACGAGCAGAACCACCGAACUGGUGACAGCUUUUGAGUUAUAGAAUAUGUCAGCAGAAGAACGAGAAGCAUCACUGUGAAGCAGACGGAACCGGGUGUGGUGGGGGUGGGUGCCUGGGAAUUCAUUUGGCAUAAUUAAAAGAAGGUGUAUUUAUAGAGC